AUGACUCGCAUUAAGAAGGAGCAAGACCAGGCUCGGACACCAACAUGGGGAACGGUACAGCCAGGGCCGUUCACCAAUCGAAUCCGGACAUUCAGACACGAGAAGGAGGUCCAAGCACUCCGCAUAUCGUUUUAUUCGGGGGUCGAAGAUCCCGUUACCCACAUUCAUACCUUCCAAUCAGCUCUGGGUUGCAAAGGACUGACGGACGAAGGCCAAUGUUUGCUAUUCCCCUCCACCCUGACCGGAGCCGGCCUGAAUUGGUUCUAUCGGAUGGAGCCAGAUACGGUUGACAAUUUUAAUCAGUUGAAGCAAACCUUCCUCAACCAUUUUAUGAUUCAAACCGAUCGCCUAUAUUCAGCCGAUGAUCUAUAUACCGUUCGGCAGCAAGACGAUGAGCCGUUGAGGGAAUAUGCGGCUAGGUUCAGCCAUGAGUACUCCAGAUGUCCGGAAACUGACGACAGGGCGGCCUUCGGUGCCUUCAAAAGCGGCCUUCGGUCGUCUCAGUUUCGUUAUUUGGUCCACAGCAGCAACUGGACCACCUACUCCGAAUUAAUGAAACAGGCGGCUAUCCACGCCAAGGCUGAGCAUUUCAACUCCAAGGGAUCGGCUUCGACCCCAAUAAACAAAACGGCGUUGACCGAUCAGCCUCCAACGCAGAACUACGACCGAUUCCCGGUCGACCGAUCGGCAAACCAGGCCCCCUACCGAACGGCACCGCCUGGCCCUGCUUUUUCCACUCAGCGAAACAAGCGGAAGGACAACUUCCGGGAACGGCAGGACAACAACAAGAGGGGCAACCACAAGGGGAAUCGGCCAGACGAAAUCUUCACUUUGCUCAACACCACCUAUGAGCAUGUUCUCCUGACCGAAGGGGAUAUGAUACCGAAGCCGAACAAUCGAAACCUCCCUCGCCAGAGCGAAAAAGACACCGGUGUCUUCUGUCGGUACCACCAAUACAACGGCCAUGAUACGGAAUCAUGCAUCGCGCUGCGCAAAAUCGUUGAACGCCUCAUCAAUGACGGAAAGCUGGAUCAGUAUUUAAACACCAAGCCAGCAACGCAUAACUCAUUGAAUCGGCAGAUCUAUUGCCGAAGCCAGCAACCGAUCCGUAAAAAACUACGUUCGUGCCGUACGGCAUCCACAGAUCCUCAGCGUGGCGGGAGGACGCAAUGA